GCGAGGGCGGAUCGGGAGGCGCAGCUGCUCGCAUUUCGCUCACUUGUCAAUCGCCCUGGAGAAAAACAUGUGAUCUGAUGCCGGGAUAAGUGUUUGCGAGGCUAGAUCUACCCGCGGCCACGUGCAAUAGUACCGUCGUUCUGUGAUAUGUGGAGGGAGUGUGGUAGAAGUGGCGUGUGUGUAAGGAGCACAAACACAACAUGACUGAGUGGGACUCGACUGGGUUUCGGGGCGACGUCCUCCUCGCUCCUCAUUUCGCUCCUCAUUCGGGCGAGGUCCUCAUGAGGGAGGCAGCUGGCGGUCGGCAGGCCCUGAGGAGAACCGAGCCAGCCAGGUCCCGCGUCUUGUAGCCUGAAGGACGCUGCAGGAGGCCCGGGGCAGUGGGAGGCAGAGAGGGAGAAGGCGAGAGUGUCUUGGGAUAUGGUGAUUUAAGAGGUUGACAUUUGAGUGUGAGAGAGUUUCGAGGAAGAUCUUCAGAAUGCAGGCCAAGAAACGGUACUUGCUCUUGUUCAGCUGCUGUGCUUUCCUCUCCUUCGGCUACUUUGGCUACCACCACUUCAAAAGCCAGCGGCAGAAUAGGUGGUACCAGCAGUUGUCUAGCUAUUCGGACGACGCGGACAUCCUUCACGAUGAGGACAUUUACCCCAAUCGGAAGUUCAGGAGUCGAAGGACUUCGGUCGACAGGGACGGCCUUGUGCCCUUCAGUGAGUGCCGCAUGGAGAACUGUUUUGAUUUCUCGCGCUGCACCAGGGAUUUCAAAGUGUAUGUUUACCCCAUAGACGAUAAUGUGCCGCCAAGCAGCAGCUACAUGAAAGUGCUCAAUAUUAUACAGGAUUCUAAUUAUCAUACGUCAGACCCUAGUCAGGCUUGUGUUUUUGUGCUGAGUCUCGACACCCUAGACCGUGACACACUGAGUAAAGACUAUGUGCGCAACAUGCUGCCAAGAAUACAGCGUUUACCUCUGUGGAACAAUGGCCAAAAUCACAUCAUAUUUAACCUAUACUCUGGCACGUGGCCUGACUACGCAGAAGACCUGGGUUUUGAUGUUGGGAAGGCCAUACUAGCGAAAGCCAGCAUCUCCAUUGAGAACUUCCGCCAGGGGUUCGACAUAUCCCUCCCUCUGUUCCACAAAACGCACCCCGAGCGCGGUGGGGAAGAGGGCUUCCUAGAUUCCAAUAAAUUCCCGGGGACCAAGAAGUAUCUUUUAGCAUUCAAGGGGAAGCGCUAUGUGUAUGGGAUAGGGAGCGAGACACGGAACAGUCUCUACCACUUACACAACGAACGUGACAUUGUGUUGGUGACCACAUGCAAGCAUGGCGAGAGCUGGAAGGACCACAAGGAUGACAGAUGUGAUCAUGACAACGCUGAAUAUGACAGAUAUGACUACGAGGUGCUGCUGCGGAACUCGACCUUCUGCCUGGUGCCCCGCGGACGCCGCCUCGGCUCCUUCAGGUUCCUGGAGGUGAUGCAAGCCGGCUGCGUGCCCGUCCUGCUGGCCAAUGGCUGGGAGCUGCCCUUCAGCGAGGUCAUCGACUGGAGUCGGUCCGCCCUCUGGGCCGACGAACGGCUCCUUCUGCAGGUCCCCGACAUGGUCCGCUCCAUCAACGCCUCCCAGAUCCUGCAGAUGAGGCAGCAGACGCAGCUCAUGUGGAACCAGUACUUCUCUUCCAUCCAGAAGAUCGUCUUUUCUACGCUAGAGAUAGUUGCAGAUAGGGUAAGGAGGCACAGGGCGAGAUCGCUGGCCGUGUGGAACUCCUCCCCGGGUGCUCUGGCGGUCAACCUCUCUUUCUCAGACUACCUGCCGCAUUUCCCCUUCUACCUAACGUCGCUGGGUAUAAGUCCUAGUCCAAGGUACACGGCAGUCAUCUCAGUCACGCACGGGGGCACAGGUCUGACCCAGACCACACCUUUGUACAAACUGGUCAAGAAUAUUGCCCGCAGCAAGUUUGUGGAAAAGAUAAUCGUGGUGUGGACAAGUAGCCAGGCGCCCCCCACGGAGAACCGAAUACCUGGAGGAAGCGUCCCCGUGCACGUGGUGGUGCCCCCCGACCGCUCCAUCUCAGCCCGCCAUCGGCCACAUCCGCUCAUCACAACUGAUGCGGUUUUCUCACUCGAUGAGGACGUGACGCUAACCACUGAUGAACUGGACUUUGCCUUCACGGUGUGGCGGACUUUCCCCGAGCGGAUUGUGGGCUAUCCUGCCCGAUCUCACCACUGGGAUGAUGCCAAGGCUGGCUGGAGCUACACCAGCAGAUGGACCAACUCGUACUCAAUGGUGCUGACUGGAGCAGCGGUCUAUCACCGUUACUGGCAACACGUGUACACUCACCAGUCCCCAUCCGGUCUCCUCUCCACUGUAUCCACUACUAAGAAUUGUGAUGAUAUACUCAUGAAUUUCCUUGUGUCAGCUGUGAUCCGCCGCCCGCCCAUCAAGCUCACCCAGCGGAAGCAAUACAAGGACUAUUCCUCCGAAGCAAGAUGGGUGUGGACGGACCCCAGUCACUUCCACCAGCGCAGCGUCUGCCUGAACACAUUUGCUUCAUUAUUAGGUCAUAUUCCACUAAAACAUUCUAACUUACGCCUCGAUCCUGUACUCUUCAAGGACAAGGUAUCCAUGCAAAGGAAAAAAUACAGACAGAUUGAAAAAAUAGGAAGCUAACAAUAGUAGCUAAUUAGGGAAUACUCGGUAUUUAUAUUGUUAAUAUUGUGCAUUUCUUUUUUUACUUUUUUUCAAGUGUCACUUAUAAGAGGUCAUAAAAAAGGUGUCUAGUUAAAACAGUGUGACUAAACUUUUCAUUAUCAAUUUCCUUAGCUUUGCAUAGACAUUUAUUGAUACUUUGUUACCAUUUCAUUUUUUUAAUCAGUGUGAUAGCUAGGGGAAGUUGUUCAAUGCAAUGUUCAUGAGUUAGUGUUAAUGUUAGAAGUUAAAAGUAGAUUCAUGGACUGAGCUCUGGUGCCCCAGAAAAUAAUAUGCUCUUUAAAAGAGCUUUGAUCCAUUCAGUUUUGGAAUGUAUAUCUAUGAACUUGACUGCAAGUAAGGAUAGCAUAGGACAUAUCAAAUGUGUGAUAUGGGUGAAGCUUGUUAUUAUUUUAUACAUGUUAAUAUUUAGGUUUUCACAACAAUAAUUUGUCACAAAAUGAAUACUGUAAUCAUGCAAUGUAUCAUAUCAUUAUUAUAUUUGGCAAACUUUUAAGAAAAUAUUAAUGAAUUACUUCGUCUGAUUAAGCAGACCAGUCUAAUGUGAGUCAGUAGACAUUUGUCUAUUUUUAAUUCGUCUCAAUAUUUGGUGGAGUAGUCAUGUUUUACGUAGAGGGAGUCACUCAUAUUUAAUGGUGCCAUUUUAUUUUAGCUGCAUUUGUUAUUAUUAAUAAAGAUUAGUCAUAGUGAUUUUUAAGUUUCAGUCAGAAAAUUGUGCUCGUUUAAUUUCUUGGUUCAUUAUUGCAUACAAGAAGGAGUUGGAGCAAAAUACAUUGUGGCUUAGUGGAGGAUACAUGGCAUUCCUCAUAUACAACUGGUGGCUUCCAGCGACCAUCUUCCAGACCAUACGUUUAAAGUAACCUGGCGUGCCUAUAUCUCACACUAAAGCGGACAGGUCAGAUGUGUCGUGCAGUGGUCUCUGCUCCAGUCUUUCUAAAAGUUCCUGUAAACUGGUAGAGUAGAUGAGCUGAGCCUUGGGGUAAUGGAUUCUUGAAGAUGAGUCAUGAUAGAACUCGAGAAAGCCAUGUGGUAGACUCUUAUUACUAUUAUUAUCAUUAUUUAUUAUUAUUAUUAUUAUUAUUGUUAUUAUUAUUAUUAUUAUUGUUAUCAAUAUGUUAUGAUGAUUAUUAUUAUUAUUAUUAUUAUUAUUAUUAUUAUUAUUACAUUUAUUACUAUUAUGAUUAGUCUCAUUAUCAUUAUUAUUAUUAUAUUUUACUUUUACAUUUUCUCAGGUACUGUAUGUAGGAAGAAAAAAGUUAUUUAUUAAGGAAUUUCUUAAUGGGAACAUGAGAAAUAAGCUAGUAGAGGACUCUUCACUUGCUCUUCCAGUGCAGUUUUAGACUGAGAAGUAAAAGUAUGAUACAGACAAUAACAGUGAAGUUCUCCCAGGAAACACAAGUCAAUAGACAGAAUACUCAUAAAAAACCAAGAUGCUAGAGGUGCUUUGAUGUACAUAUAAGCUGGGUUUGCAACAACCCAAAUGUCAUGUAUAUCCUGUCUUAGGAACUAUGUUUUUAUAGUAAAAGAUUAAAAAAAAAAACUAAAUUAUAGAGCAACCAUUAUGUAGUCAAUGUGUACUGAAGUACUUUUAUAUUUUUUAACAUCAUCCCAUAGAUGAAAUAAAAAGCAAAUAUGGGGGAAUGUACGCAAGCCAGUCCUCCAAUAUCAGACCCUCUCACUAGAUACUUACUUUUAUAUGUAAAAAAAAUUCUCCUGUUUUUAUACAUUAUACAUUUUUGUGUUCAAAUAAGUGAAUGAAUAUAGAUGUGAUAAGAGCUCCUGUUGAGUGAAUGUAAGAAUGCAAGAAAUUUCAUGAGUGCAGGUUCACAUUAGCAGGUGGGUAUUGUGGAUAGAGACAAUUUUCUGACUUGUGUUCUAUGAUUUCUUUUAGAAUUGUUUUCUUUUUGAAACUGAGUAAAAUGCUGCUAUGUGGUAUGAAAAUUAAAUAUGCUGCAUUCUGAAUGAAAGACUCCCAUUGUCAGUCAUGCUGUAUUUAACACACCUUUGACAACUCAGGUAUGUCUAAGCAGCUUACAGAAGAGUUGUAUUCAUAUGGUUGAAGAGAAGAACAUAUCACUAUAUUUUCUCUUUGUAUUAGUGUGAUUGUUUCAACUGUUUACCAAUGAAGGUACAUUUUCUCACUUGCAAAUAGCUGAAAUCAAGGCCUAAACUGUAGUAGGUAGUAAUAACUGCUUGUUUAGGAAAUGCAUUGAAUUGAAUGAACAGUUUUUAUCAUCAUAAUUUGUAGGCUAUGGAACUAACUGUCUGCUCUGAACUCUUUUGCCACACUUGUAAAAAAUUGUAAUGCAUGAUGUGGCUUCAGAAAAACAAACAUUGAGAAGGUAGUGCCAUGUGCCGAGGAAAUUCCAGUGCUGAUAUCAAACAGUGUAGUAAGUGAAUUUUUAUUAUAAUACAGUGUAUUAAUUCUAUCAAAGAUACACAGACACUUCAAAAUAAUCUGAGUAUUCAUACUGCAGGUUCAGGUGGGGCUCUGUAUUGUAAUAUUUAUGGUGGACACAUUCUGUUAAAAAAAAAAGAAAAAAAUGUACUUUGACUAAAAACAUGACAUUAGAUAUAAUUUAAUUGUGAUAAAGCUCUCUUUUUUAUGAAAUGCCAGUUUAAGAAUGAAUAACAGUAAUUACAUUUCAACUGUCCUUUGUAAAACUAGAUUUAAACAUCUUAUUUUAGGAAAAACACUCAUGGUAUUGCUAGCAUUUUUCCAUUGGAUUUGCAAUGUCCACAUUCACUGACAUGGGUUUGAAGUGGUUUUGUUUAUGUGUUUAUUACUACAAGCUUGAGUUACCAUGGCUGUAUACCAAAAAAAAAAAAAAAGAAAAGAAAAAAGGCAUUGAAGUAUGGGUUGGGAGUGAAUGGCAUGAAAUGUUCCAGAAAUGCAUUUAAUUCAUGAUUAUUCCUGUGAAAUAUAUUUUCAGAGUUACUGUUGUCCACACGUAAAUGGUUAAUAUAGGGUGUAUUUUUAUAGUUAGAAGAUUCCUCAUAGUUCAUGAUGUAAAUAUUGUACAGAAAAUAUUGUCCGUUCUGCUCUAUGGCCCCAUGUAAGAUCAGGAAAUUGAUUGAGUGAAUGUCCUUUGCUUUUAUUCUCUCUCUCUUUUUUUUAAAGAUAUGGAUGGUUCUUACUUUCAUAAUUUUCACCAGUAAAAAAAAAAAUGUCUUGUCAUAAUCAUUUCAUCAGGGGAAGGAUGAGAUAUAUAUUAGUUUUCUAUAUGUACAUAGUAUAUGUUGCAUGUCUCAGUGUUCUCCUUGGACAAUCCCUACAUUUGAAAUUUUGUUAUAUUUUGGAUGGAAGCAUAGUAUAUUGUGUUUUAGAAGAACCAGCCACAGACAAGUGCUAUAAGAGAUACUCAUUUGCAUCACAAGAACAUUAAUGUCAUGCUUGAAAGUUUCUAAGCAGUGACACUUCAGGUGAAGAUUCUCCCUUAGGAUUUAUGUUGCUUGUAGAAAUUUCUGUUCACCUUUUGGUUAUAUGAUGAGACUACCAGUUAGAAGAUAUGGAACAGAUACAAGUUCAGGUACCCAAGUUUUUUUUUUUUUUUUUACUGAAAUAAAUGUUAUAGUGUGUGUGUGUGUGUGUGUGUGUGUGUGUGUGUGUGUGUGUGUGUGUGUGUGUGUGUGUGUGUGUGUGUGU